UCAGCCCGCGGCGCCUGCGCAGAAGAGUCUAGACGCUGUGAAGCAGGAGGCACUUGGGAUCGUCCGCAGGAUUGGGACUGCUACAGAGGCCGCCACGGAGCCCGCCGGAGCCACCGUUCCUACUGCUGCUGCCGCCGCUGCCCGAAUCGGAACUGUCGGGCUGCAGCCGCCGGCAAUGCCGCGAAGGAAGAGGAAUGCAGGCAGUAGUUCAGAUGGAACCGAAGAUUCCGAUUUUUCUACAGAUCUCGAGCACACAGACAGUUCAGAGAGUGAUGGUACAUCCCGGCGAUCUGCCCGAGUUACUCGCUCUUCAGCCCGGCUGAGCCAGAGUUCCCAAGAUUCCAGUCCUGUUCGAAAUUUGCAAUCUUUUGGCACUGAGGAGCCUGCUUAUUCUACCAGAAGAGUGACCCGUAGUCAGCAGCAGCCUACCCCAGUGACUCCAAAAAAAUACCCCCUUCGGCAGACUCGUUCGUCUGGCUCAGAAACUGAGCAAGUGGUUGACUUUUCAGAUAGAGAAACUAAAAAUACAGCUGAUCAUGAUGAGUCUCCACCUCGAACUCCAACUGGAAAUGCCCCUUCUUCUGAGUCUGACAUAGACAUCUCCAGCCCCAACGUGUCUCAUGAUGAGAGCAUUGCCAAGGACAUGUCCCUGAAGGACUCGGGCAGUGAUCUCUCUCAUCGCCCCAAGCGCCGUCGCUUCCAUGAAAGCUACAAUUUCAAUAUGAAAUGUCCUACUCCAGGCUGUAACUCUCUAGGACAUCUUACAGGAAAACACGAGAGACAUUUCUCCAUCUCAGGAUGCCCGCUCUAUCAUAACCUUUCAGCUGAUGAAUGCAAGGUGAGAGCACAGAGCCGGGAUAAGCAGAUAGAAGAGAGGAUGCUGUCCCACAGGCAAGAUGACAACAACAGGCAUGCAACCAGGCACCAGGCACCAACAGAGAGGCAGCUGCGGUAUAAGGAAAAGGUGGCUGAACUCAGGAAGAAAAGGAAUUCUGGGCUGAGCAAAGAGCAGAAAGAGAAAUAUAUGGAACAUAGACAGACCUAUGGGAACACUCGGGAACCUCUCUUGGAAAACCUGACUAGCGAGUAUGACUUGGAUCUUUUCCGAAGAGCACAAGCCCGGGCUUCAGAGGAUUUGGAGAAGUUAAGGCUGCAAGGCCAAAUCACAGAGGGGAGCAACAUGAUUAAAACAAUUGCUUUUGGUCGUUAUGAGCUUGAUACUUGGUACCAUUCUCCCUAUCCCGAAGAAUAUGCACGCCUGGGACGUCUCUACAUGUGCGAAUUCUGUUUAAAGUACAUGAAGAGCCAAACGAUACUCCGCCGACACAUGGCUAAAUGUGUGUGGAAACACCCACCUGGCGAUGAGAUCUAUCGUAAAGGCUCCAUCUCCGUGUUUGAAGUGGAUGGCAAGAAAAACAAGAUCUACUGCCAAAAUCUGUGCCUGUUGGCCAAGCUUUUUCUGGACCAUAAGACGUUAUAUUAUGAUGUGGAACCCUUCCUGUUUUAUGUUAUGACAGAAGCGGACAACACCGGCUGUCACCUGAUUGGAUAUUUUUCCAAGGAAAAGAAUUCAUUCCUCAACUACAACGUGUCGUGUAUCCUCACCAUGCCUCAGUACAUGAGACAGGGCUAUGGCAAGAUGCUCAUCGAUUUCAGUUACUUACUUUCCAAAGUGGAAGAAAAAGUCGGUUCCCCGGAACGUCCCCUCUCCGACCUGGGGCUCAUAAGCUAUCGCAGUUACUGGAAAGAAGUGCUUCUCCGUUACCUGCAUAAUUUCCAAGGCAAAGAGAUUUCUAUCAAAGAAAUUAGCCAGGAGACAGCUGUGAAUCCUGUGGACAUUGUCAGCACUCUGCAAGCCCUUCAGAUGCUCAAGUACUGGAAAGGAAAACACCUAGUUUUAAAGAGACAGGACCUGAUUGACGAGUGGAUAGCCAAAGAGGCCAAAAGAUCCAACUCCAAUAAAACCAUGGAUCCAAGCUGUUUAAAAUGGACCCCUCCCAAGGGCACUUAAAGUGACCUGUUAACUCUGAGCCAGCGAACCCCAGCAGUAGGAAUCCGUACCCUAGGGAUCUGUCUGUCAUUUCUGUUGCUCUUGUGAUUGGCAAGUACAGUAUCCUUUGGGAAGGCCAUCCCCCUCAGGACUGUCCUGGCUCCGACCCUCGUGUUCACUGCAGACGCUGGUUCUGAGGAACUGUUGUUUCGGCCUCAGUGAGGUUGCCCGGAUGGGAUCUCUGUUAGACUUGAGAGCAGAUCCCUUGUAGCACUGACCCAAGGUGUUCUGUUUGGUACUGUACCUGUCCAGUCACUGGUUCUCCUCAUGUCCUCUAGCCCCAUGAGGUUGUGUUGUGUCUUCUAAACUUUGUACUAGUGCUUCUUGCUGCCCGGUCACCAGACUUCCAAACCAUGGUUUGCCACCACCAGGACCUUUCCAGUUACUCCUUACAUGUGUUUUUUUUUGGAAGAGCAGGGAAGAGGUAACAUUUCUGACUGUGUGUACUGGGAGGGGUCCAUUCCCUUUGGAUUUUAUUUCACUUUGAGUUUUUCCGCCAUUUUUAUUGAAAGACCGGUUUUUGAUCAGUGUCAAGCUGAGGAGAGACCAGUAUUUUUUAAGACUCUCCCAGGGACUCGUCUUGGUAACUGCACAUAAUUUAUCUGAAUGAAAUGGAGAGAAUUGACAGGUGGUGAUUCUGUACUUUGAUUUGAGUUCACCAGUGGGCAGUGUGUUGGUGGAAGGAAACGAGUCCUUUUUGCCUCACCAGAAAGUGCCCAGCCCUAAGUGUUUUCCUCUCUUGUGACCCCCUGCCCCUUUUUACGUUUGCGGGGGCCAAACAAUGUCCGGUGCUCCCUUUCAUGCUGCAUGCUAACCAGUUCGUAAGACUGCAGAGCCCUUUUCCCCGGUACCUGUCGCUCUGAUCUGGCCCACCUGUACUUCUCUGCCUCAGUUGCAUUGAUUUUUGCCUGAACCACCACAGAGAAGUAGGAAAUGAUUGCACAUCUCCUCUCAGCCCAUGACUCAACAAGGCAGAGUGCGCCCCCCCCCCCCCCCCCCCCCAGCGUUUGCUUCUACAGUGCCUCACCCUCCCUUCCGGGACUGAAGUGCUCCUGCCCUUCCAAGAACUCCCAUUUCCUUUUUGGGAUUUGACACCCCCCCUCCCCCCGCCCCAUUCUCUGCUCUCCUAUUUUUGGUUUCAAGCAAAGGAAGAGCCGCUCCCUCUAAUUUCUCUCCGGCCCAUUAUAACCCACUAUCUUGGGGCAGCUUUGGAUGUAGGACAUGUGCUCCCCUUCCCAACUUGGUCUCCAACACUGCUGUCUUCGCGUGGAGCCCUUCCCACGGUCCCAACUCUGGUCAUUUGUGCCUUUCUCUUGUCCUCUCUGUACACUACUUAUACUCACUGUGGGUUGGGGGAGCCCCUUUUCAGCAUGUCAGUGGCAGCUCCCCACCAGUUUCAGUGUCACUGUUAACGUUUAUCCAAAAGCAACUUCACUGGGGGUUUUCUUAAGGGGUAAAGGUCUUUUACCGAAGCUAACCCUUCCCCACAUGUGGUAGAAUGUGCUGUUCUAUAUCUACUCCUCAAUAAAGCAUGUUCUCUGCUCAAGCCUGUUUCACUCAGGGGCUCUUCUUUAAGUCUGCGAAGGGCGCAGCCCACCUGCCAUUAAUAGUGAGCACACUGGGGGGUUAUUUUCCCCGGCAGUGAGGUGACUGUUGAGGGAUGUGGUUUGUGGCUGUGGGAUUUUUUUUUUUCCUCUGAUGCAGGCUAUCUAUAGAGGGAGUGAUUACUCUGAACUUGUCUAGUUGGUGGGAAGAAUUCUCUGCCUCGCUUGGUUGCCGCUAAUGGGUAUGCAUAGUGAUGACAAGUCAAUAUUACUCUUUUUUUUUUUUUUUAAAGCUGUAUGCCCAAUGUGGGACCCUAACUCAACCCCAAGAUCAAGAGUUGCAUGUUCCUCCAACCAAGCCAGCCUUGCGCCUCAGUGCUACUCAUUCUUAAGCUCAUUUUCCUGUGAUUUCAAGGGCAAGGGCACCGGCAGGAAGUUAGGAUAGAUGGGGUACAGUGGAUACUUGGGAUGGGGUGGGGACAGGUUUAUCUCUUCUCGUCUCCCAAGUUCAUUUGCCAGUAGUGAACAUUGUCCCCCCGCCCCCCAGUCAUGGAUUCUCCCAGCUUGAGAGGAUUUCUGGAAGCUGCGUUGUCCUGCAGCAUUUAUCCAGUGCAGGCAAACAGGCCGGCACUUACUUGGAUGCUGGAAGGUGUAUUUGCUGGGGUGGUUUUGCUCAGCAUAGUAGGGUUGAGAACCUAUCCUGGUGGAUAAACUAGGGAUUCUCCUUUGUAAGGUUAGAGUCCUGUGUGCCACUUACUGGGGGUGGAGACUGGGUUGGAGAGAAGCUUGAGGUUACAGAAAGACCCUUUUUACACUGUUUGAUAUACACUCAAAUCUCCCCAUUCUAGAUAUUUGUAAUGAAGGGAAAUUCUGCUCCCUCACAUUCUGAAAAUACAAGGGUAGAUGAUAAUGAACCAUGCGAGUAGAUGCUGAGGGUUCAGGGCACUUGAAGUUUUGUGCACUGUCGGGCCCCCAAGACUCCUGAUUGCCACCCAACUUGCCUUACCAAAAAAUAAAAAGAUUUCUCUGGUUUAAAUACCUCACAGGUAUGGAAACAGAAUUUACUUCCUUAGCAACUUUGUGUAAAACUGUCCCCUCCGACUCUAGCUGCAUGAGAGCAAGUCCGCUGUUGGGCUCCUUCCUUAGCAGAGCAAGUGCAGAACUGUUCCUGGGUCCAGCUCCCGAAACCCUUUAAGAAGAAGCGCCCACUCUAUCUGGAGGACGAAGGGAGCCCCGACGUGCUGGUUGCUUCCUAUAUGCUUGGCGCUGCCGGGUGCCUUCCUCCUGCCUCCUCUGACCCCCACGUCAGCCCCAGUGCAGGAGACAUUCACACUGGUUUGGCAGGAGGAGACCGGGAGCCCAAGGUGACAGCAAUGAGGGCAGAGAACUCCUUUUGGUCUCUCCAACUUGAGAACUUCCACCCUCCCCUCUACCAUUUGCUUUCUCUACUUUUUUAGUUCCGUAAUGAUUAAUCAUCCUUUCCUUUUUAGUUAGGUUGCCUGGCUUUGGCCACAGGCCCCCAUGCUUCUAGUGGCUUCCAUUACAAGAAAAAUAAUGGAACUGGUGGAACCUUCAGAUGAAAGAAGGGAUUUUAAUUGAUCCUGUAAGUAGCAUUUGGGGACCAGAGGCCCAGCAAGCAGCAACUGUUCCCCAAUCUGACACUGCUGCUGAUUUAGGAAUAAGCUGUUCAGUAAGCACUGUCCCUUGACUGGUUUCCCUCCUCACCACACCUCUGUAAGGUGGGUAUUCUCUGCCUCUUUCUCAUUGGAAAGUUGGGGGCUUAGAGGUCUUGCCUCUGGGUUAUGGAGCCCCAGCCCUGAUUUUCUGAUUCCAAACCCAUUCCUAAAGCUGUCAGGAGGCCUCUGAUGCUGUGUCUGUUCCCGUUUCUCACAAGGGGGAGUAGUGAGUCAAGUGAUUGGUGACCAUAUGGUUUACCCUUUACGGGGUAAGAGGACACUUGACUUAGCUUUGUUUUGUCCUCCAGUUCUGGGCAGAUUGCCUGCCUCGGCUUAAGAAUGACCUCGAAUGGAGUUGAUGUGAAGGCAGUUGGUUCAGGUCGAGGUUGGGGCUACAUGUGAAAGGCCAGUAGAAAAGACCACAGCUUGCUUGCAGUACACAUUCCUUCUGGAAUACAGAAUGGAAUGGAACACAACACAUCUUAGAGGUAUAUUAGUGACUUCAAGCGUAAUUCUAAACCUGCCUGCCUUUGUCUGAAGAGCAACUGCUAAGCCAAAUGGCAUUCCAGAAGCAGGGUUUGUGUGAGCCGUGCCAGGAUCAAGCAGUGUAGCUCUCAGCAGCGAUCCUUUCUACCUUUUUUCUCUUCUGACCUUAUGAGAAGAAUCUUAGAAUUGGAUCUUCUUGAACACACAUGAUGCAAAUUUCUCUACAGUUCAGGAAAUUGGACCUUUGAAGUCCAUUCCUAGACUGGGGUCAAAUAAGAAACCUUGGUUUGGGGCACCUGAGUGACUCAGUUGAUUAAGUGGCUGCCUUUGGCUCAGGUCACGAUCCCGGAGUCCCAUGAUCAGGUCCUGCGCGGGGCUCCCUGCGUGUGGGCACCACCCCCCUCCCGCCAUUCUCAAGUGAAUACAUAAAAUCUUUAAGAGAAGGAAAGAAAGAAACCUUGGUUCAAAACAGAAAGCCUCCUUGAGCAGGUAUUAACUCUGCCUUCACUCACCCCAAGGCCCUAAACUGGCUGGCGUGUGCAGGCUCAAAUAACAGGUCCCAUUGAGUGAAGCAGUGACCACCAAGGGAGCAGGCCUGGCUCGCUGUGGCGCUGUUUCCUCCCAUGCCUCACAAGUGCAGGUAUAUACAAAAUGUGGCCCAGGGUUCUGCACGUUACUAGAAUAAAGUGAAAACUCCUUUGCUAAACAUGUGCUGUGUGCUAGGAAUUCUGAAAACUCUUUUUGCUCUUUGCUGGGAUCCUGGAAUGCUAGUACUAGACCCAUGGGUUUUUGCCCCAGAACUUUCUGCUACAGACUUUUAUGACCUCGUCUUCCAGACUGUUUCCUGCUGCUGGGAGCACUAUAAUUGCCCACUUCCUUUGUGGCGUCUUCCAACAAAAUGCCAAUGCAUGUCACCAAGAAUGAAACAAAGGACUGCCCGGUGGUGACAAAUGUCCCAGAUGCUCGUACUUCUCUUCUGUCUUGUGCAUUCCCUGUCCACGUGGGUCAUGCUGCCACCACUUGGGGGCUGGGGGGCUCGUUUAUUUGUGCACAGGAGUGGAGAAAAUAACCUGCCUGUUGCGCAACAUCAGCUCCGUAGCUCCUCCCAGAUGUUCUCCGUGAGCUAUAAACACCUUUUUCCUUGACAAGUCCGGUUCUUUCCAAGAAGCUGCUCUUUCUUAACCGGGUGCCCGUUUCUGGGAACAGCUCACUGUGUAUUUAUUCCGAAGUCAUUAGAAACCUACACUCUUGUUUCACAUACACACAAACCUGGUGUGGUAGAUCAUCUCCAGAGCUGACCACCAGCAAUUUCUGCCAUUUCUGGGUAUGUGUUCUUCCAAUAAGAGAUUUUUCCUUCUUGAGUGUGGGCUGGACUUUUCAUUAUUUUGACUAAUCGAACGUGGCAGAAGUAAUGUUCUGGCAGCUUCCCCUUCGGCUGUUGGAAACCAGCAGAAAUAUUUCCAGACCAGAAGCUUGAGCUACCGUCAACGGUGAGGGCCGCAUAAGAGAGACCACGCAGGGUAGGGCCAAGAAGCUGCAGCCUCUAGCACCCAAAUGCCCGCCCCCUCCCAGCUGAGUGCAGCCUCAGCCGUGACCCCUGCUGCGGGAAGCCAAAGAAAUGCAGCCGAGUCCUGCCAACCUCGGGAACUGCGAAAGACUGCUGUAAGCCAUUCGUUGUUUUGGCACGGUUCGAUACACAGCAGUGGGUAAAUGCAGGAAGAGAACUUCUGAAAUGAAAACGAAUUUGGUUUGACCUCAGAGGUUCCGUCAGCCGAUUGCCUGUGAUUGGGAACCAGAUGUGCCUGGCGAGGGCCGCCACCCUGUGUAACUCCAGGGGGCGCUAUUCCUAUUCCGUACAGUGGCACCCUGGGAGCCUGGGAGCCAGUUUGAGCCCUGUUUGGCCAUUCAGCUUGUCUCGCUGUCAGUCAAAUUGCUCCUGAAGUCCCUGCCUGGCCUGGGAAUCUUAGCUACCUCCUUACAGAAGUGGAUCAGGAAAAAGGAAGAAUAUCCUGCUCUUAAGACCUGGCUUGUCACUUCCCUGCUUAUCCAUGGGGCUUGGAUUAAGGUCACAGAUCCUGGCUUUCAAGUCUGUCCAUAAACUGACUCAGCCUACGUAGCUUUCAUCAUUACCCGACACCUAGUCUCAAAAUGCAACUGGAUUAGUCUGUAUCCCCUUUCCUGUUUUUACUGGGAAAUCCACCACUUCAACAGCCCCCCCCCCCCCCCCGCACAAUAUAUUGCAUUGAACACAAUAGUAUGGGCAAAAAGGAUACUGUAGUCGUAUAAACUUGGAAGACAGUUAAAAAGUAUCAGUAUGUUUCUUGACAUCAGAGCUGCUCAAAACCUCCUCCCUCUGGGGGUUUUCCUAGAGGGAAGACACAGUAACAUUUCCUGAGAGACUGGUACACUGGAGGCUUAUAUUUGGGUUUCUUUCUUACCAGUUGAAAACGUCCAGGAAUUCCUUGUGAAGUCUUAAUUCUGCCCGGGACUUGUCUGUAUGAUUAUGGAUGGCAUAGACCAAGUAAGGUGGGGAGGGGUUGGGUGUUUGGUGUGAAGGCACCUUGGCUCAAAUCCUGGCUUUGCCAUUUCCUGUGUAACUUGGAGCACGUGGCUUAUCCUCAUCUGCAGAGUGAGGACAGUGAUUGUGAAGGGAAAAUUGUCUUGCGGAAUGCCUGAUUUGUACACCAAUACUCAUUUGUACAAAAAAGAUGUGGACCUUGCAUUCUGGAGGAGACCGAUAUUAAUACAUAUGAUUUCUUUUUUU